GAAUUAAUUUAAAUAUUUGACGAAGAGGAGACAUUUAAAAAACCUAGUCAAGAUGAUGUCCAAAAAGCAAUUGGCUUGCAUGCUGGCACUCCAUAUCGUGUACUUAUUAGUAGGUGCCAGUAUAUUUUAUCACAUCGAGAGCCCCCUGGAACUGGCUCAGAGAGCCGAAGAAAAACUCGAAAGACUAGAAAUCCAAAAUCUCCUCUACGAAAACUACAUUCCGAACGACCCCGAUAAACAAGAUAAUAUACUUCGAAAGCUAUCCGAAUACUGUGGCAAGUCUAUGUUCAACUACACCACGGAAGAUGCUGAACCACCAUAUAAAUGGGACUUCUACCAUUCUUUUUUCUUCUCCUACACAGUCGUCAGUACAAUUGGUUACGGCAAUUUAGCACCCACAACACACCUUUCGAGAAUUCUCAUGAUAUUUUAUGGCCUAUUUGGAAUCCCCAUCAAUGGUAUCCUAUUGGCAAACCUCGGUGAAUACUUUGGAAUGCAGCUCAUAUCAGUUUACAGAAAAUAUAAAAGGAAAAAUGAGAAAAGAGCGGACAAGUUGGACUACUUCUUUCACAAUCUUGGCAUGCUUGGGCAGAUUUUUCUUUACCUUGUUCCCGGAUUUCUCUUCUUCAUAUUUUUACCAGCGUGUAUUUUUGUCGUCUUUGAGGGCUGGGAUUACGUCGCUGGAAUUUAUUAUGCCUUUGUAACUUUAACAACUAUAGGAUUUGGUGACAUAGUUGCAGGAACCGUCAACAAUGGCUUUAAGUCUGGUUAUUAUUUAGCAUAUCAAAUCUUCCUCAUUGUGUGGAUUACCUUCGGUCUUGGCUACAUCGUGAUGCUUCUCGGUUUUAUUACUAGUGGAAUGAGAAGCGAACGAGUUCAUAGACUUGAGCAGAAAUUUGCCUGUCAGCUGAAAUCUACUCAAAGCAAAAUCUUACACGGUUUUACAAGAGACAUUGCUAUUAUCAGAAAAAUCAUAAAUGAAGCUAAUUUAUUGAAAGUAAAGCCCGUAUACGAAACUACGCCUCAUCUUUACCGAAGUGCAAGUUGCCCGAUUCUAACGUUUGAUAUUGUACCAAGAGAACCAGUUGUCAAGAGAAAACGUGCUAAUUCUGAAAACAUCCAGCUAACUGAUAAAGAUAUGCUUCGAAUUCAGUCGGAUACUGAUCUACUUGGUAUCGAUAAAGAGAAAACGUUUACGGCAUCAGCUAUUGUUAAACCUGUAGAAUUACUAGCAAGAGUAGUAAAUGUACUAGGUGGAUUUGAAGCACAGCAUCAAGGAAGAGGAAUAAAUAUAUUUGAUGAUGACCAAAUUCUAGCAAGUGAAAAACCACCACUUUUUUCUAUUGGUCACGAUUAUUUACCAAAUAGUCACAUGAGAACAAGAGCUUUAAGUGUAGCUGUACCUAAUUAUAGAAAAGAAUCAGUUCCAAGAUUUGAAGAUCACGAUUUUACAUGGACUAACGGUGAUACCGCUGAAAAAUACAGAAAAGAAGCAAAUAUGAGGAGUGGUAAGCUAUCGCUUCCUGUUAAUGUAAAUGUUGAUGAUGAAAGUACACCAAAAAGUUUCUUCGCUCGUCUAUUUAAGAAACAUAGCUCAACUGAAAGUCCUGCAGAAUACCUCAAGAAUACAAUGAAAAGUAGAGUAAAUAGUGCCCAAGGAUCUUUAGAAAACAUUAAAGAGAAAUCACGACGAGGAAGUGUCUUUCCUACUUUCGGUACUGGAGAAGAACAAAAAAGUGAAGUCAAUGCUUACAAAGAAAAUACGAGACAUGGACGGUAUAGUCUUUUCCCUACGUUUGAUUUUUCGGACAGUGAAGAUAAAGCGGCUGCAUCGGCAUCUAGACAAAAGCAGAAACGACACAGUAUAUUUCCAACAUUCGACUUUAGCGAGGACGAAGAUGUUGCAGCUGCUAGAGCAUAUCGAGAAAAAACCAAAUCCGGCAGACAUAGCAUAUUUCCAACAUUUGAUUUCAGUGAUCCUGAAGAUGACUCGAAUCGGUAUAAAGAACGUACGAAAAGAGGUAGACACAGUAUUUUCCCAACAUUUGACUUUAGUGAUCCGGCAAGUAAUGAUGACGAUACCGUAGACGAGGAUGAGGUACAAAAAUACCAAAAUAAAACCCGGAGAGGUCGACUUAGCUUACUCCCUACUUUUGGCAGAUCUAAAAAGAACGAUGAUGACACUUUGCCAGAAAGUUCAGAUGAAUUAGUAAACUAUAAGGAAAAAACACGCCAUGGUCGUCGAAGUCUAUUUCCAUCUUUUGGUAAAAGCAGAAAAAUAAGCACGCCAGAGCAAUCUAAUAGUGAUCUCGAAACUAGUAUAAAGGAAUACCAAAAUCAAACGAAAAAGGGACGUAGUAGCCUGUUUGUUGGGGAUGUCCAGAAUUAUAGACAAGCUACAGAGGGUGGUCGCGGCAGUCUAUUUUCUACCGAACUAGAUAAUUAUAGAAAUAAAACCAGUCGCGGUCGACCUAGCUUAUUCGAUCCCGAUUUAAAUUUAUCAAACCUGCCAGAAUCAGAACAAGUAGAAGUAUUAGAAAACACGAGUGUGGCGGAUUUGCUUCGAGCGUUAGCAGUUAUAGAUACAGUUACCAAUCAAAACAUGGAUGAACAAGAUACUAGUGAAAGUUCCCAAAAUACAAGAAGACGUGGGUCGGUCAAACCAGACUUCACCUUACCCCAAGUACCAACUCGUAAUGAUUUUGAAGAAGCUACUGGCCCUAGACGAAGACGGAUUUCCGUUCGCACGGCCGUUCCUCAAUUUACUCCAACAUUGGCUACAGUAGUGGCUGGUGCAGAAUUGCAAAUAACGGCAGCUGCACAAAGGGAAAACAGAAUGUCUAUGUUGAUGCAACCUCCCCCUCCAUACUCUGAAACUGCAAGUGAGACCCCUCCGCCGAGAGUAAGGAGAUAUUCACCGGCACCUGUCGAUCCAAGCAGAUCUGGGACGGCACCUGUAGCUAGACUUUUCUCGCGAAUACGAAAAGAGAGUAGCUCGGCAGCCGAUGACGGCUCUAGACGCAAUAGCCUAACUGAUAUAGUUAUCGAUAACAAUAAGGAUAAAACGUAACCCAGUGCCUUGUACUUAGUGCAAUUAGUAAUAUUAAGGAAUUAAUUUAUUACCUAAUUUAAGAAGCGGUCCAGCGCUACAUUGCAAUUGAAUAAUCUAGCUAUACUCUUAUGUCAUUCCUUUUUUAUAUUUAAAUUAUUUAUUAAGUAUAAUUAUCAUCAUAUUCCUGACCAGUGAUAUUUACGCAAUAAUACGAUUAAAAUGAAAAAAAAAGAAAUAUAUAAAACAAUCUAUAUACACCAGGAUACUAAUAUUUUUGUGAUAUAUUUAGGUAAAUCGUAAGUACUUUAAAUCUCUUUACAAAAUAAAUGAGUGUGUAUUUAUGUACGCACGUAAGAAGUUAUACUUCAUGGGCUAGCUAACUUCAUGUUGCUAACUUGUUAUUCGUUGACUAGCUCAGGGCGUCGGAUUUUGUAACGGUGUGCGCGAGCAUCGUAAAAAUUUACUCUCGUCAUUUUUCCCUAAAGUCCCGAAAGAAGUAUAACUUCAAAAAAAAAUGUAUUAGUAAGAACAAAUUAAAUAUACAGUAAUAAUUUGCCAGUAAAAGUAAUAAUUGUUUUUGUUAUUUAAGUCGAAUAUAUUACUAAUAUUAAGGGGGAGGAGUACAAAAACAGAGAUAAUGUGAUAUGUUUUAAUUAGUAUCUUCAAGUAUAUCUAAUUUUACAUACAUUUACUUAGCGAUAAUGUUUUAUCUAGUCGUUACACUAAUAUAGUGUAGUUAUAUUAACGGAAAUAAAUAUGUUAUGUGUUUAUUCAUGAAGAUUUCUCAUCUUAAAACUUCGUCAAAAUUGAAUCUUACUUUUUGUCAAGACUCAUUUAGUAAUAUCGCAGUAAUUUUAACUUGACUGAUUCGUGAAGGAUUAAAACAUUUUGAAUAUA